CCAGUCAGGACAGUCCAGAUCACCACAGAACCGGAACCUCUGUGAGGGAGUGAGGCAGGUGGUCAGUUGAAGACCCAGUGCCUGGCACAGUGCAUGGUAUAAAACAGGCACUCACAAUCUGCUGAAGGAAUGAAUGGAUGGAUGAGUUGGGAAGUCCCGACCCCAAACCUACUCCUUUCUGGCUCUGGGAAGAAUGAAGGGUUUUUCUAAUAAUGCAGAAGACCGCGCCUAAUUCCAAGCAAGUUUUUCUCCAAGUCCCACAGGAGGGCUGACACAGAUCGCAGUGGGAGUUCAGGGAAGCCUCUGGCCAGGAUGUGAUUUUUUUGGCUUCUAACGCCAAGGCCCACCUCAUCUUUGUCUCCUCUCACCCACCACGCUUGUGCAGCCCCGCGUUGGAGCAGCAAACACUGCUUGACUUGGUGACCAAGGGGAAUCCAGCCAGAGGUUCCCACAGGAUAGAUGUCAAACCCGACAGAAAAAUCUGAGAAAAUGUGGCAUUGGGUGUCAGAUCCCUGACCUGGAAAAACACGCCUCGGUAGAUAAAAGGGCAGGUCUGGGGCCAGGUAUCCUACGUGGGCACCAAUAUCCCCAGGGGGAUCUGAGUGGACGUCUUCCAUCUGGUUCUGGAGGCAUAGAAGCCUGAGCAGGAGCCUUCGGCAUGGGCAGGCAAUGGCUUUCAGCCCCUGGAAUUCUCCUGGCUGCAGUCCUGGUGGUUUCAGCUUCUGCUCUUCCCCUUCUUCCUGCUCACAAAGUCCUGGGCUGGUUUCCUGUGGCCUCUAGCACAUCUGCUUUGCAAGGUGGCAGCAAGAAGACACCCCCAUCGUUAAACUCCUUGGUGACGGUCCUUGCUGGAGUCUCUCCCUCAGCCAAGAGGGCAGAGGAAGCUUCAGGUAGGCGGGCAAGAGCCCUAUUUCCAGAGGCAUCUAUGAAGCAGCAAGCUCUUCUAGGCUUGCCCCUGGGCUUGUAUGUCCUCUCAGAGCAGGCUGAUCCUUUGGGAGCUGCUGAGGCCUCAGGCAGGGCCACACCCACCUCAGCUCCAUCAGCAGUAGCUGCGCCCACAGCGCAUGGGGUUCCCAAGUCCCAGCCAGCAUCCUAUGUGACUGGAUCUGCAGAGGAGAUCUUGGCCCCUGGGUCUCCAGGGACAGCCUCCACUGCACCACUGCAUGCUUCUCCUGGCCCAAGGCAUCUUGCCGGUGAGCCAAAGUCCAGUGAGCUCUCCGGGUUGUCUGAUCCAGUCCAUGCUCCUGCUCUGAGGAUCUUCAUCACCUCUGGAUCAACCAAGCAGCCGGCUGGAACACUGCCUCCCCCCACCACUCCUGUAUCCACAUCUGGAUCUCCACAGUGGCUGGCCUGGCCCGUGGACAGGCCCACCUCCAGCCCCAGUGCCCAGGGACUGUCGGCAACAGAGGCCAGCAACUCCAGGCCAGGGCCCUCCCCACCUCCAACACUGGCUCCAGGGACCCCAGAGAAGGCUGUGUCCUCCGCAUCCCAUGGCUCACUUGCCUCGUUUACAUCCAUCAGUAACACGUCAGCUGCCACAAAGCCUCGUCUCCCUGGAGCAGCUGUGUGGUCAAAGCUGGACACGGCCGCCGCAGCCCUCACAGUGGGCUCAAGGUCACCCGGAAGUGGUCUGGCAUCCCGUCUGGGCCCAGGACCCAGGGGUCCUUCGGUGUUGCCGGCACCUUCUUCACGGUCAUCAUCACCGUCACUGCCCCUGUCAUCCCCAGCCCCUGCACUUCUGCCUCUGUCAACAUCACUGUCACCAGUCCUGGCCCCUGUUUCCGCCUUCACCACCAGAGCCAGGAUCUCUCCAGACACUCCUGUGUCUGCACGCCCACCCAUGGCCACAGGCCUUCUCUUCAAGGUUUCUAGUGUCCCAGCUGCCCUGCCGCCCCUGGUGGAUACAGAGGCUGCGCUUCAGUGGACAGUCCAGCCUGGGCCGGUCGCAGCUGGCCCAGCCCCCUGGGCCACCCUCUCCCUCAGAUGUGCCCCUGGCCUUCCUUCUGGCUGUGCAAGUGUCCCUGAAGACGCUGCCUCCCCCAAGUCAUCAUCCUCGCCUCAUCCCGGGCAGGCUGUCUCCUUGCAGGACUCGGGAUUCUCCUCCCCAGGACGCAGUCGUGUGACCCGUUCGGUGACUUUCAGGAUCACCAGUGAAGACUUCUCAGCAGCGCUUGGGAACCCUGCCUCCCCAGCGUACCAGCUGCUGAGCAAAAACAUCCGCCACCAGCUCCAAUCCAUCUAUCACGAGGCCUUCUCCAGUUUUGAGGGCGUCAGCGUCCUGCUCUUAAGGCCUGGAACUGUGGCCGUGAAUGCCUCCCUUGUGUUUGGGGGCCAGGCCCCGGGGCCCUCAGCCCGUGACGUCCUAUGGACUCUAUACCGCAAGGUCAAGGCCGCAGGGCAGAUGUUGGGGAACCUGUCCCUGGAUGGGAGCAGCCUGGCCUCUGACGGAUCCAACCUGAGUGACCUGGCCCUGGAGACCAUCACCAUCCAAUUCACUGCCAUGAGGCCCUUCCAGCCCCUGCUCCUCCUGCCCGGCUCUGCCCCCUUUGUCCUUCUGGAAGAGAAGAUCCUCAGACAGGUCACGCCCGUGGCGUCAGGAUUCUUCCCGGUGCAUCCUCAGCAAGGCCCCCUGCUCCUCUUCAGCAAUGUGGACCAAUGGGUGGGUGUUUACAUUGAAUACAAGUUCCAGGCCCCCAUCAGUACCCACCUCCAAGGCUUGGCCAAUCACCUGGCCCAGAACAUAAUGGAUCCUGCAGUCCAGAAAUCCAGCAUCACGGCCAAUGGGGAGAAGGCAGAGCUGGUGCUGUAUGAGGUGUGGCUGCAGAUUGUGGACCAGCCCUUCAACAAGGCCUGGAAGGACAAAACCAGCCCUAAGUUCUGGAACCUUCAGGGGAACCUGACGAGAUGGCUGACUGCUGUCCUCAGACCACUGCAGAACUUUGGCCAAGUGGUGGUGAAAUUCCAGCCCAACACCCUGACUGCCUGGGUGGGUGCCACCUUCUUCAGGGCCGCGCCGGUCCGAGCCCUCGUGCAGGACUGCGUGCUCCAGGCUCUGCCCGCCCUGCAGGAAGCUGAGGGCCUCUUGCUGGAGGUGAUCAACCCAGACCUUGGUCAGUGCCCCUCUCCCUGCUUCCCUCCAUCUCUGUCCUCUGACAAUGCUGCCUCUUCCAGGAAGCCCCCCAAGGUGGCCCCAGCUCCAGAGCUCUGCUCCUACAGUAGAUUGUGGGCCAGGAUCCCUCGCCCAAGACAGUUCUGCAGGCCUGACUUUGCCUUCUCAGGGGUUUGUGGUCUAGAGGGGUGGGGAGCCACCCCAGCCAUCAACUCCCUGUUUUGUUCUGAACCUCAGGUCAGCCUGGCAUCACCCUCCCCAGCUAUGCUGUGGUUCUCCUCGUUCUGGGCUUCCUGCUCACCGCACUCGCCCUUGUCCUGGUCAGGCCCUGAAGAGACAAACGUGGCAAGAUGAUGGCCUGUGGAAGAUGCAGGAAGGGGAACAAAGCUGGCUCCCUCCUGCCUGGCCUGGCUUCGUGGUCGGGCUCGAGGUAUAUGGGUCUCAAGACAAACUCCUGUCCUUUGGGGUAUGGAAAAUUAAAUGACAAGGAGCUAUCAGAA